AUGCACUUCCUCCUCCUAGGUGCAACAGGCCGCACUGGCAAGCUUGUUGUCUCAGAACUCCUUGCUCAAAAGCACACUGCAACAGCGCUAGUCCGAAACUCAACUAGCCUUGCUCCCCAACCUGGCAUCACAAUGGUCACUGGCUCUCCACUAUCCAAAGACGACAUACGCAAGGCCAUUCAUGCUACACCUGGUGUCCUCCCCUCAGCAGCAAUUUUCACUCUCAACACAGUCCGCAAAUCAGAUAGCCCCUUCGCAGCCCAAGUCGGUCCUCCUCGCUUCUUAGCAGAUUCGUGCGCUAAUGCGUGUGAAGUCUUGGAAGAAGCUGGCGUUCAUCGAAUUAUUGUCAUGUCGACGGCUGGCGUUGGUGAUACAUGGAAAAACCUGCCAUUGAUAAGUCGUGCUUUUAUGGGGUGGACGAAUAUUAAAUACGCCUUGGAGGAUCACAAUUUGUUGGACCAAGAAAUCCGAACUACAAAUAUGGAGUGGACUCUGGUCAGACCUGUGAGACUAGAUCACGACAAUAAUAGCACGCUGGAGAUUGAGACGCUGGGAAGUUCAGGUGUGGGGAUGACGAUGAAGGACAGUAUUACUCCUGCUAGUGCGGCAAAGUUUCUUGUCAAGCUUGCAGUUGAAGGAUUGUAUAUUAAAGAAGCAGUGGUGCUGAGAAACUGA